CACUGCCAUUGAUGACAGUACACUGAAGGAGGCGUGGCGCGGGCCGCUCAAUGGUCUCGUGCGGGAUAGCGUGGUGAGCGCGGCGCUUGCGCUCAUCGAGGCAGCGUGUUCUGCGCGCGAUUGCAGUUCAGCUUGUGCCAACCGCUGGACGCGAGGAGAGGCAUGUGUACCACCAUCCGACAAACCUGCCUCUCUGGACCUAAAUGCAACUAGGCAAUCGGGUGUCCGUUUCAUCGUGGAAUAAUAGAUGGAGAAGCAACAGCCAAGCCGUCAGUGUGGCAGGGCGCAUUAUCUUGCUGAAAGACGCCACUACCAUCAGGGAAUACCGUUGCCAUGAAGGUGACAUUGAGUUUCGAUUUUUCUUCUUUGGUGCAGAGAGUGGGAUUUUUAGACGGAAACACCUGGAGGACACUGAAUUUCUGAAGUGGAUGAACAUAAGAACCAGAUGGAGCUUAAACCACAUGCUGAAGGCCUUUAAAACCAGGCAGUGCAUUCAUUAAAGGAGACAUGGUUGAUGUGGAUUUCCAAACAAAUAAAAGGAAAGAAAUGGGGCAGAACUUACUGUAAUUAAUAAACCUACAAGUUGUAGUGGUAAUUCGUAGCAUUGCUCUAAAGAAAUUUCUCACAUCAAGCAAUAAUGUGUCCAGAAUACUUCAGUUGUGACAAAUUUGUACAACACUCGUAUAUCACGAAUGGAAUAAAAUACAAUGCAAUGAAACUCUAGAUGAAGUAGUCUGUUGGUGAUUUGUAAAGUCUGGAUUAAACAGUACUCCGGCUUUCUCCCCAUUUUAUGGAGACCUCGUGUAGCCAGUUGACCACAGGGGAACAAUCUGGAGGUUUAGAAAGGCCUCAUAAUGAGUCUUCAUUGGAAAGCUCCCAGCCACGGUCAGCCCCCCUGUAUCAUGAACAGAACAAGGCUACAACAUCCACAACAAGGCAGCACCAUCAACAGCAGCCAAAACGACCUAAUAUUGAGAGAAAACGUCUCAGGUUACAGAGGAAAACUGCUCAGGUGACAGACACUAUUGAAAUGGUCAAGUCAUCAAGGGCAUCUGGUAGUUCUGAAUGUCUUGAUGCUAACAUGAGGCAGUCUGGUGGAAUGCCAUCAGGAACUUCAGGUGCACCAUCCUGUUCCAUGGACGAGGUUGUGGAAGGAACGCCUAGACAAAAGCGCGAGCGUAAACCUCAAAAGCCUGGAAAGUAUGUGUGCUCCUACUGUGGUCGAGCUUGUGCUAAACCCAGUGUGCUUCAAAAACACAUUCGAUCCCACACUGGAGAGAGACCUUACCCUUGUGCACCAUGUGGCUUCUCCUUUAAGACUAAAAGUAACCUUUACAAGCACAUGAAGUCCCACACACAUAGGGUGAAAGCUGGUCUGACUGGAGACAGGGAGGGACCAAGUAUGAGUUGUUCAGAGGAGCCAGUUACAGAAUCAGAUGAAGAAAGCCAACCAUCUUCCUCUUCCAUCUUAGGAAAACAAAGGAUGUCCAUUCAAAGGCCAAAUACAGCAGAAAGGUGCUCUGAGGGACAGGCACAAGGUUUAGAUGACUCCCAUGCAGUUAAAAAGAGACUUGCAAUGAGACUAAGCAGAGGAAGACGUACACCUGUAGGAUCAUCUGAUGAAGCAUCAUCCUCAUUUGGUCUGAGCAGCAAAGGAAGCACAGAGUCUGGCUAUUUUUCUCGAUCUGAGAGCACGGAAGUCUCUCAGGACAGUCCGACAAACAAAAGUGCCAAAAGCUAUGCAGAGGUCAUCCUUGGAAAGUUUGGUCGCCUUGGCCACUUACAAAGGACUUCUCAUCAACAACAUGUGCAUCCUGCAGGGCAAGAAGGGAAGAGAAUUCCAUUCACUGUACCCAAAAGGCAAGUCAUUGACCACAUCACUAAACUCAUCACCAUCAAUGAGGCAGUAGUAGACACCAGUAAGAUUGACAGUGUUAAACCCAGAAAGUUUUCACUCUCCAGGAGAAGCAGCACAGAGUUGAAGCCGAUCUACUCUAAAGAGCCAUUUCUUUAUAGUCCAAAAGAUAUAGAUGUGAGCUCAAAGAGCAGUGGCUCCAUCACUCUUGGUGUACCUUGUGAGAAGUUCCAGCACCAUUCUGUCAGUAUCCAACAACCAGCUGAUCCAACAUCCACUGCUCCUCUUCUGAGAAGUCAAUCCAUGCCCUCAGAUGCAAGUGUUAGUGAUGUGUCUGAAACUUCUCGUAGCCUUCGCCUCAGCCAAUCCUUUGAUGACCAGCAACCAGUUCAGAAUCGGCGUCAUGGUAUGCUAAGACGACAGCCUGCCAUUGAAUUGCCCAUCGGUGCUGAAAUUACUAUGGAAGAGCAACCCCAUUCCAGCUCACCAUUUCAUCCCUCUGAUCACAGCCAAAAACAAAAACCAUUUGAGUGUGAUGUGUGUGGUAUAUUUUUUAAUGACUGGGAGAGAUAUCAAACACACAAGCAACACUGCUGCACACCUCAUCUCUCUCAACAAACUGAAAUUCCAGUCUGUCAAGUGGAAGAUCCUCAAAGAAUCGCAUCUCGUCUUGGUGUUUUUGGAUUUCGAAAAAGAAGAAAAGAAGAAAGUCUUGAACUUGAAGAUCCUCCUUUACCAUCAGUUUCUUUUACACCACUAAAAAGGUAUACAUCUUGCGAAAAGUCUAUAAAAGGGACCAUUGGAUUAAGUCAAGAACAUGGUCCAGAAGCUGCUUUGAAAGGAAUAUCAGUCAUACAGCAUACUAGUUCAUUUGAGAAACAUGAUUGCACCUUAAAUACCCCAGGACCAGAUGAUGUCUCUCACUGUCAUGAUGUCAGUCUCUCUUCCCCUCACUCACAAUCAAAACAGCAGACAACAAAACCAAAUUUCAAUAAACUUGUACACCAGGACAAUGUCCAAGUGCCAGAGAUUCUAGUCACAGAAGAUUCAAACACCAACACCAUGGCAGUAUCACCCCCUCCGACUGUCCUUAAAAUGAAGGACAUUGAAAAAGUCAGUGAGUUCCAAUGGCCCCAAAGAAGUCUAACUUUGGCCCAGCUUCCAAUUGAGAAGUUACCACCUAAAAAGAAGCGUCUCCGUCUUGCAGAAGCUGCCCAGUCCUCAGGGGACUCAAGCUUUGAGUCACUCUCCCUGCCUCACAGUCCGAGUCAAGACAGUUGUAUGUCUCACACCUCCAGUAGAUCAGCUUCAUUUGAGGAGUCUUGCAAAGCUGAUGCAGACGUGAUGCCAACUAGGAGAUCACGGGCCACUCAUACGUUGACAGUUCCCACAAGUUCUCACAGAGAAAUGCGACGUUCUGCAUCUGAGCAGGCACCACAUGUUCCUCAACAUGCUAACCUUAUCACAGAAUCUCGCAGUAAGUCAUUUGACUACAGUUGCUUGUCCCCAGAUCGGACCCCUGCUGGUUGGAGAGAAAGGAGGAAAUGCCUUCUAAUGAGGCAUUCUGCGGUGAGAGAACCUGAGGAGGAAGACCAACCUUCAAAGGUCUUCAAUGCCAACUCUCCUACUCUAAGAACUAGAUGCCACAGACCAAAGACCUCCCAUCAUUUGUCUUCAAGCAAUACUGUGCACUUAUUUGGUGAAAAACAGAUCAUGCAGUCACAGAAAGUUUUAUCAGAUAAUGCCCCACAUAAUGUGAUGCAACUGACCCCAUUCAUUCAUACAGAUCAACACACAACAGAAGGAAGUCUGCUUUAUCCAUCAUGUGCUGCCAGAGCUCAUUAUUCUCCAGUGACUACAGGACUCAAGCUUGAGAUCCUUAUUCAAAAUUACAUUGGGAAUUCUUCUACAAGGGUCAGCCAACCAUACCUCACUCAUCGCCACCAUCAACAUCUCGAUUUUGAUGUUACUUCAAGUCCUGGGCGGCUGAUGCCUUUACCAGUCCAGAGAAUUCCAGUCCGUCUUAAUUCACACCUUCCACUCCAUGCUGGCUCCAUUUAUACCACAGUUUCACAAACAUUUGGUGCAAGGACCCAGGAACAUGGCUACUCUGGUGUCAGUUCAUUUGCAGCGGUUUCCAAGUGUGAAACGAUGGAGCAGCAACCAAUGUCUAACUUAUCCAAAUCAGAAAGUGCUGGGGUGAACAAACAUGUGCUGUCCCCCACAAGCAGUGAGGAGCUCAGCCCAGAGAGCAAACAACAGCAGAAACAUGUGAAAGAGGAGAAGGAGGAUAAUAACCAAGGAAAUGAAAGGGGACAUGAUGACAUUUUGAUUGAAUGCAAGGAGGAAAGAUUGAGUGAGCAAAGUGUCAUCUUUCCAACAGAAAACAAAGAACCAGCAUUUGCCACUCUUAACACUAACCUUAAUUUUACCUGGUGCUAUCUAAACUACAUAAAACCCAAUCCAUCCAUCCAGAGUGAAGACCAAAACUCAGUUUAUUCCUCAUGGUCUACAAGCACUAGCAAUCCAUACCCUCCUGGCCUGACAAGCAAGGAAAUGCUGUCCCUCUUGCACUGUAGACAAAGACAUGGACCACUCAUCUACACCAUGGCAGCAAUGUCACCCUUUCUGGAUAUAAAACAAGAGAUACCUGACUCCCCAAUACAAAAAGUUACUGAGGUACAUGCCACUCAGCCCACAGAAACAAAAGAAGUCCAGCAAGCUGAGCUGACAGAGACAGAAAAGGAAUCAACGGAGGAGAAGGAGGAUCAACUGUCUACCUCCCAAUGCACCGCACGGGUACAGAUUUGUGAGGGAGGCUACAGGUCAAAUGAGGAAUACGUUUAUGUACGUGGCCGGGGAAGAGGGCGAUAUGUAUGUGAGGAGUGUGGGAUACGCUGUAAGAAACCCAGCAUGCUGCGCAAACACAUACGACUGCAUACGGACGCUCGUCCUUACAUCUGCCAGCACUGUAACUUUGCCUUCAAAACCAAAGGGAAUCUGACCAAGCACAUGAAGUCAAAAACUCAUGGGAAGAGAUGUCCAGAAGGAAUCGCUCCGGGACCGGUCCAAUGUGAGCUUGAGACAGAUGAUGGAGGUGACAGAGGAAAGCUUUUCUUUGAGACGGAGGUGGUGGUGGAUCAUCAGUUCUCUGAUGCUGAGGAGAGCGACGUGGAAGAGACUGAAGAUAACGAUGAGGGUGAUGAACAGGCAUCUCGUUCCUCGUCCUCUGUGAGCAGACAUCUCUCCAGUGAUGAUUACGACUCCCGUGAGCUCCUUGGGCUUUCCAACCCGGGCUGGGAGCAAAAUCCUAUAGCCCCUGACAGUUUGAGUCCCUGGAGGCCAGGACACUACGGAGAAGCUGCCUCUCCCAAGACCACAAAGUCCAUAGCAACACUUCCACACCUGAAACCCACCACAGGGAGAUGCUCGUCCCCCAUCCGCAGCCUCUCUCCGGGCCUGCAAAUGUCCCCUGCUUUGCCACAGUCUCCUGGACGAGACCUGUCCCCUUUACGCUGUCCCUCUCCAUCUUCUUGUCGGUCCUCGCUGUCUCCUUCAAGCCGUCCAACUUCUGCGUUUCCUGAGAGACGUGUGUCCCCCAUCAGAGCCCUGUCCCCCAUACAACCUUCAUCGCCGAGUCUUGCCUUGACCGUUGGGGCCAGUGUGACUAUUCAGUACCAAGCUGGCGGACCCAGAGAUUUAUCAAAGGUCUCACCCAGCAGACUGAACCCCAAGACUAAACUGAAGACACAUAGUCCUCAGAGAAGGAUGAACAUGGCACAGUCCUGGCCUCCACCACACGGCCGUCUGUCCAGGAACCUGCAGCCCAGGGCAGGCCAGCGAGUGUUAAGUCACCUGCCUCUGCAUUCGCAGCCUCAAGCAACAAUUCCCAAUCUCAGCCUCACCAUUCCUAUUGGAGGAAUCCAGAUGGUUCAGCCACGCUCCAAUAUGCUCCUGAGGAGCGCAUCUCUGAAUCCCAGUGUGGCUCAGAUGAGGGUCACAUUGCUGAAGAAGGACAAAGGGGCUGACGGGAGUCCUCCAAGAGAAGUUCCUCAUCGUAGAAAUCACCUGAUAGUGUUCACGGAGCCAUCGGUGGAGAUGAGUUCAAAGAGUUCUGACACUUCCUCUGAUGGAGGCACUUCAUCAGAGGUUGUAUUGAAAAAGAGGGAGGUUCCAAGUGUUCCCAUGACGACUUGGAAGAGUAUCUCUCAAGGAAAGCUGAGAAAGCAUUCUCGUAGUCCCAAGAAACCACAAUCAGCGGACAGUUCAAGAACGUCCAUGAACACUAAGAGUUAAAGGAAUCGUUCACCCAGAAAUUAACUUUCUGUCAUCAUUUACUCGGCUUAAUAACGUUCCAAACCUGUAUGAUAAACAGAAUGUUCAGUUCUCUUUUCCAUGCAAUGAAAAUGAAUGGGGAGUAAUGCUGUUGUGACAAAAAUAAUCCAUUUUACCAUUUGUCUUAUCCACCAUAUUUAGACCAAAAUUUGUUUUUCAUUGAAAAUCUUCACCUCCACUGUAGCUCUCUAAUCUUAUUCAAACCUGGCACGUUGUGUUUCAAGACGCAUGACAACCAAUGCCAUUUGGCAAUAUUGACAUCAAAUUUUUAAGUGCCAUGAUUGAAUAUAUGGGGCAUUGACCAUUAAUGUUUCCAUGAUGAUAAAAAUGUUAAAUCUUUUAAAAAACGAAUUUAAAACACGUGUAUCAAGGUCGUAGAAAUGUAAUAUUUGUUUCCAUGUUGGUUUCGUACAUUUUAAAAAACUAUAGCAUUUUCUAUAAAAAAAAAAAAGAAAAAUAAUGAAUGGCUUAAAAUGUCAAGUGGUGCAACCAUCAAGACUUAACUUGAAGGUGUUGAAAGUGAUUUUUUCAUGUAAAAUUAUGCAAAAAACUUCUCCCUUAAAGAUGUUAAUGAAAUUAGUGUCCUGAGAUCUCUCACCAGUCUCUGUGACAGCUGUAGACUUUGUAAACAGCAAACAAAAAGUGUCCGUAGACAAUGGACACUGACGCUUUUCACCGGUCAAUCAUUUUGCUCAUUCUCAUAGCGCUGUAUUUGAAGUGGAUCAUUGAGGAUAUGAUUCACAAUGUUUGUCUGUUGAGGGCGCUAUUGUGCCAUUGUUGAAUUUGACAGCCACAGGAACAAACAGUGCUGCUCAGUUUUAGUCUCAAAAUUACCUUUGGAGGGCGGGGUUUUGGAAUGAGGGGGCGUGGUUAAUUCAGCGGCUCAGUCACGUGAAAGCUUCAGAAUGCUAAAAUCUCUUACAGCACCUUUAAUCAAUAAUAUCGAUAAUAAAGCAAUAACCUUGAACAACUUAGUCAUUAUCGCUGAAUAACAGCUUAUAUUUCAGUCUGUUCCUCACAAAUAGCUAUCGAAUGGCUUCAGAAGACUGAUAGUUAUGGAUAUAGUAAUUGUGUCAUAUGGACUACUUUUAUGGUGCUUUUGGAGCUUGGCAUGUUCCGUCCUUUUUUACUUUUAUUGUGUGGAAAUCAAAAAACAGUGUGAAUAUUGUGCCUAACAUACAGAUUUGGAAUGACAUGAGGGUGAGUAAAUGAUGACAGAAUUUUCAUUUUAGGAUGAGCUAACCCUUUAAGGACUCUGUUGUUUGUCUGACUAACCUGAAUAAUUUUUGCUUGGUUCAGCAUAUAUGCAGAUGUGUAGAUAAAUUAUGUAGCCAAUCUAUGUAUAUUUUCUUGUCUGCAGUCUACUUUUUACACACACCGUACACACAUGCACACAUAUCUGUGUGUGGUAUGCUGCUGUAUGUGUGUAAAAUGAAUGCAUUUUAUUAUGUAUGUAUUUAAUACAAUUAUAUAUAUAUAUAUAUAUAUAUAUAUACAGUGCUAAUAAAAUCAAACCACCUAUGGACAUUUUCACAUUUUGUGUUACAGCAUGAAACCAUUUAACCAAGAAUUUUCUCCAUUCAUUUUUCCAAGUACAAAGCACUAAAUGUCCUAUACUGUAAAUCUUAAUAGAAAUCCUACUGUACAAAUGUUUGUUUUUAUAUGCAUUUAUACUAUAUUCUAGGACAUGGCCAUGCGUAUUUGUUUUUCUUUGUUGUAUGUGAUGGUCAGUAGAAUAUUGUUGGCCAACAAUUUAAAGACUUGUGCAUUUGCAGUAACUAGUCUAGAACAUGGUCAAACUCAGAAGAUGAACAGGUCUGGUUGAUGUUCAGUUGUUCUUGUGGUGUUGAUUGCUUCAGAUAUGGGACAGUGUCAGUAAGGUGUUCCUCCUGUUGUGCUGUAUUCAGACAGAGAAAGAUAGAUCUCUUCCUUGUGUAAUCAUUUAAAGGAGUCACUCAUGAUAACAGACAGGACAGAGUAUUAUCACAGAUUAUAAAAGAGUAAUAAGAACUUAUACUACAAGAUAGUUUCAAGAGUUUGUUGUUGCUUUGGCUAUGUUUAUUUUAUAAGAUAAAAUAUGCACAAAAUGGACUUGUGUCCUGUCAUAAUUUUAUAAUGUCAAAAUAUAUGCAAACAUAUUCAGUGGAGAGGCAUCUUAAUUUCUUUACAGUUUAUUAAUGAAGGCUGUUAAUUACAUUUCUAAGUAUUUAUGUAAAAUAUUUUAAAGUUCUGUGGUCAAAUAAAAACUAGUUA